UUAUGAAUUUCUUUUUUUCGAUGUUAUCGAUGAAAUUGAUUCUUGAUGAAAACCGUUAACCAAUACACUUAGUCUUCCAAUCAUGAAUUCAACUGCAAAAAAAUUAAGAUCAUCUGCGAAAAAGAAUGGCGAAAAAACUGUUUCAUUCAAUCAAAAAUUAAAUUCUCUUGAUGAUGAUCGAUUUGUUCGUAAUAUGGAAUUAUUCGAUAAUAUCAAAUUGAAAAUCGAUCAGCUCAGUCGGCUAAUGAUCCUACAACGUCAAUGUAUAAAUUCUAUCAAAACAUUUGAACGUUUUCUAAAAAUUCAAUUAAAUAAUAAUGAAAUGAAAAACAGUGAACAACAAAACAUUCCGGCCAAAUUAAUUGAAAUUAAAAAACGUUAUGAAAAAUUUGUCAAAUCUUUUCAAUCAUCAUGGAAACGUUGUCAUCGAUUCGAAAUACAAGAACGACCAGCUUCCGAAAUAUACGAUCAUCUUUUUCAGCUAUUCGAAAUGUUAAAUAAUCAGAUAAAUUGUAAGAAAAAUAUUGAUCCAAUCGAAUCAGUUUGUCUUUCGUUGAAUCCAAUCCAUCUUGAAUCUGUUGAUCAUAUUUUACCUUCGGAUGAAAUUGAAAUUCAGGAUAAUGAUUGCUCAAUAAAAACUACAUACGUUUGUUCGAAAAAAUUACGUAACCGUUCAAGUAAUAUCAAAAAACUUGAAAAUGAUCAAAAAUCAUCUUUAGAUAACAAUAAGAAAGAUCAAAAUAGUAAACAACAAUUGGAAAAAAACACGAGUAAAAAGGAACAACUAAAAGGUAAAACGAAAAAACGGAAGAAUUCAAAAUCUACAAUGAAAAAAUCAAAAAAUCUUGAACAAAAACAAACUCAAACAAAUAAAAAGUCAAAAAGCGCCAAGAAUAACGGUAGAAUAUUUUAUUGUAAUUUUCCUGAUUGUGAUUAUCAAGUUGGAUGUAAAUCAUCUUAUUAUGUUCAUCGAAAAAAACAUUCAAUCGUACGAAAAUGUGACAUUUGUUUAAAAACAUUUGAAAAUAUUUUUUCAUUACGAUUACAUCGAACGGAACAUGAAAAUCAACCAUUAAAAUGUCCUUUUGAAGGUUGUGAUGCUGUAUAUUCAUGGCUUGAUACUUUAAAAAAACAUAUUCGUGUUCAUAAUAAUGAGGCAACAAUUCAUCGAUGUGAAUGGCCUGGUUGUGAUUAUCAAUCAUAUCGUAUUGAUUUAUUACGAAAACAUCGUACAAGACAUACUGGUGAAAGAAAAUUUAUUUGUCAAUGGCCUGAUUGUGGUAAACCAUUCAAAACUGAAUCUUGUUUAUUCGAUCAUAUUGCAAUGCAUAAAAAUGAACGAAAACAUGCAUGUACUUGGAUUGGUUGUAAUUAUCGUUGUAAUUUAGCAGGGAAUCUUCGUAAACAUAUGGCAAUACAUGAAAAGAAAAUGAUUAAAACUAAUGGAGAUAUUAAUGAAUCAACAAACAAUAUUGUUCAACAACAACAUUUAAAACAAAUUGAUCCAUCAAGAAACCAAAACGAU